AUGCCAAAAGAAAAGAAUUAUAACCCAGUCAACGCUCAGCGUAAAGCUGACAAAGCGAAAGCAAUCAAGAAGGGCAAGGCGGAGGUACAAGGCCGUCGCAAUGAGAAGCUCGCACGCCGCAACCCCGAAAGACUCCAGAAACAGAUAGACGACCUCAAGGGAAUCACAACAAACGGAGGCAAGCUAUCGCGCCACGAAGAACAGGUCCUCGAAGGCCUCGAGAAGGAGCUACGAGCAGUAAACAAGGCGCGCGAAGCGCUCGGCGACAAAGCACCCACCUUUAGCCGCGGAGGAGGAGGAUACAACCGCGAUGGCGAUUCUUCCGGCGGAGUCCUUGGAAAGCGGAGACGUGACAACGACGAGUUGACGAGCGACGAGGAUGUCCCCGACGACGUGAAGCGGAUCCCCAUGCCCCGCGACACACCGCCACCGAUUCCGAAAGAACUGAUGGAUAAGUGGUACGCAAAGAGACGUGCCAGAAGGCAGGCAGAGCAGGCGGAGAGGGAGCCGCCAGAAGAGAGGGAGACGAAGGAGAAGGAGGCCAAGGCCCCCGCGCCGGAGCCGAAGACUGUAUACGAGGCGAAGCCGAUGGUUCGGAAUUUGACAAAGGAAGCCGUCACCGCUUUUGUGCCGACACACGUCAAGAUGAAGCUGGACAAGGGCAAGGGCCAAGGUGGUCUGAUGGAACCUGAAGAGGCGGAUCGACUGGAGCAGGAGGGCUACCUGCAGACAACUGCGUCACUGGGGGAUUCAGAGAAAACGAGACCCCACCAGGUUAUGGUGGAGGAGGUGGAGGAUGAAGACGUCUGA